GCCUGCAAGCUUCUCUUCGGCGGUUCUUCCAGCCCUCUCACCCAGAAGCUCAGAAGCCAGUGCGGUUCCUUCCCGGCAAGCAGGGCGGUCGGCCCCUCUCUCGCGAGAUGAAGCAGAUCAUCGCUCAAGUAGCUGAAAAGCAAGCUCUCGAACAGAAAGCUCUCGACGAAGCUUUGAUAGCUCGAGAGAGCGAAGUGCAAAGCAAGAAGCAGUUCUUCGGAGGCCGCCCCAAAGGCAGGAGCUCUGGGAGAAGCGAUCUCCCAGUUGCCGUGCGGGCAACUCUCGUGCAGGAGAUGGAACUCGCUGUUGCAGGCGACCGCUUCUCUGACGAAACGGAGUUCUUCAGUUACUUCGCCAAGAAGUUCGCUCUGCCGAAGAAGCGAGUCAAGACUCUGUGGCUGCAGCGGAGCUUGGUCAAGAAGACCUCUCAAAAGAACAAACUCUCACGCAAACCCCACCGCUACACUGGUGCCAAGGGCACCAAGAGGUCGCAUCUCAAGCGUUCGUACAGAGGCUUUCGUCUGCCAGGAGCGGGUCGGAAGCACUCUUUCCCCGACUUGGUGGACAAGGCUCGUGAGUGGUUCAACGAGAUGCGCUCUUACGGGAACCAGGUGCUUCGAGUGGACCUCUACAACUACUACAUCCACCUCAUGGAGAUGGACAAGAUACGGGUGCAGGCGGAUCUCUCUGAUCCGAAGCUGCUGCAGCCAAAGCGGACGCCUCUGCAGGUGAGGCUCUCGGAGCUGGACAAGCAGCUGGCCUCUCAGAAGAAGAGCGACAAAGCCAAAGAGUCUCUGAAAGGUCGUCUCGAGAAGUGGUGCUCUGCAAGGAACUUGAGGCCUCACCUCGUCACCAAGCUCACGCCUCUCCAAGAGCAGUCGAGAUGCCACUUGACGUGGCAAUCUUUCGACAGGGCUCUCUGGCUUGCUGCCUGCUCUGACGAGGAGACUCUGGGGAAGCACGUCUCUAAGCCAAAGCAGUUCUUGGAACACAGAGCCUCUCUCGCGAUCCUGUUCGCCGAUCAAAUUCCGCUCUGGAUAAAGGCGGGUGCCAAGAGGUCUCUCUUCGCCGAGUGGGAGCGAAAACCCACCUCUCAGGCGGCUCUCCGGCAGGACUUGGCAGCUCUGCACGACAAGCAACUCUCCGGGCAGGCGGACGUGGACUCUGGUCUGGUUGUGCAGCACCCAGACUCUUCCGGAGAGCCUCUCGCGGACCGCUUCCGCCUCACUUACGAAGCCCGGCAGGUCUUGUUGAACUACAACUCUCCGGGAACGCCGCCGACUGGCCUCUGUUACAAAGGUCUCAUCAUCAUCAGCGGGCCUCAUGCCAGACUCUCGAACAUCUCUCAAGACGGCAAGUGGCUCUGCGAUGAGACCUUUGAGUGGAGAGGGAACCUUGUCUCUCACAAGAAGGGCACCUCUGUUGGCAGGCUCAUGGAGCCAUGGAGAGCUCUGCGAGCCCAGAAGCCGCACCUCUUUGAGCACGUCUCUGUGAUGAUGCAACCGAGCUCUAAUGCCGACAGCAUCAUACUGUCCUGGGUGGCCCAGGAACUCUCAGAGGCGUUUCCAGCUCUGCUGGUGCAGAGGGAAUGGCUGGGAGCCUCUUUCACAGAGUCUGUCUCUGGUGCCCACUUCUUGGGGAACACGAUCCAGACUCUGGUCGCUCCGAAGAUGACGGCCUCUCUCCAGUUGACGGACACAAUUCAAGUCUCUGUGCCGCACCUCUAUGGCGGAGAGGAGGUUGUGGAGGACAUCUGCGAGACCAUCGUCUCUGCCCAGAAAGCCUGUGCCGAGGAUGCCUCUGACUGGGUGCUCUCAGGGCUUCGGCGGAAUGGCAUGCUGGCCUACCGCCCUCUCGACGGCAAGCUCCAGCCGGCGGAGCUCUCCACGCCCUCUUUCAAGGACCUGCCGCAGGGCUCUGCAAGACUGCGAAGCGAAUGGCUGGAACCACGCUUUGGCUGGGUGCAGGAUGGAAUCCCCUCUGAACCAGACUGGUCUCUGAUUCCUGGCACGGCCGCUGCCCAGGAGCUCUUGGACUGGGACGUCGCUCACGGCGACAAGAACUCUGAGGAGGACUACUUCUGUGACAUGGACUCUCUGCCACCAACUCUUCGGUGGAACUGCUUCGAGAGCGGCGUUCUCAAGCUCCCGCCAGCUCUCUUGCAGAAAGCCUGGAAGAGGGAAGCUUCUCUCGCGGUGGAGGAGAAAGCGAGAAUCCUCGCAAAGAAAGCUGAGAGACAGCUCGUCUCUCAAGCCAAGCGGUCUGUCUCUGAGAAGUUCAAAGAGGCGAUGCGGCUCAAGCUGAAGGACAUCUCUCGCCAGCAAGCUCUCGCUCUCCACGUCCCUGAAGCAGGGAAGGCGAAAGCCAAAGCGAAGCCUGCCUCUGGGAAGGCCGGCUCUCUGACGAAGGCUCUGAAGAAGGGACUCAAGAAGAACUCUCUAAAGAAAGCUGCCGCUCUGUUGGCGGGCUCUCAGAAGAAGGUCCAGGAGCUGACCUCUGCACCAGAGCCUCCGAAGACUCUGCAAGGCCCUCUCUUCGGCAAGCAGGUCCGCAUCGUGGCGGAGCUCUCGCCCUCUCACCUUGUGGGCCAGGAGGGCAAGGUCUCUUCGCACCUCUCUCAGAAGCUGACUCUGCCGAGCUUUGGUCUGGCCUGUGCAACUCUGAACCUCUCGGAGAAGGAUGUGAUGCCUCUCUCCGAGAGCUGGAAAAAUUCUCUGGAGUGGCAGCCUCUGCGGCUCUCCAGACUCUUCAAGAAGGAGGUGCUCUUGAACUGUGGUCUCUGGUGCGAAGACGAGUCUUUCGUGCCGGAGCCCGUGGAGGUUACUCUUGCCAAGAAGCCGAAGAUGCUCUUGGACCAGCAAAUGAAUGAGAGAGUAGAGAGCCUCUCGGACGUGUUCUUCGUGGACGCCUUCCUCUCCAGCUUUCUCUUGCAACACGAGAAAAAGGAGUACCUGAUCGCUCACCUACAGACGCAAUGGCAGGAGCACAACCUCCUCUUCGUUCCGAUCUACACACGGAAGCCAGACCACUGGACGCUGCUCGUCCUCCAGAAGGGCUCUGAGGGCGAACCGCCCAAAGCUCUCCUCGCCGACUCUCUGAAGAAAGACAAAGCUCCGACAGCAUGUGCAAAUGAGCUGAAGGGUCUCUUAGCCGACGUGGACAAGUCGCCUCUCACCGACUACCCGACGGUGACCCAGACCUCUGACGACUGCGGCUUCUUCUGUCUCGCCGUGAUGGUGGAGUACCUCUCCCUCCGCCGUGGCGAAGGGCCCAAGCAGAGGGGCUCUCAGCAACUGUCGACCUUCACCUCUCAGCUGAAGGCCGAAGUCAAAAAGCUCUCGGACGAGAAGGAGGAAUAUCUCAUGGACCAGGCCGUUCAACUCAAGAAGGCCUCUGACAAGGCGAAACUCUUGGCGAAAAAGGCCCAGGCGGAGAAGGGCGAACUCUCGGCUUUGCAGAAGGCUGCUCUCAAGGUCCUGAAGGAAGGUGCUCCACCGGAUGUCUCUGAUUUGGGCAAAGAAGCCCUCGUGGACAUCGAGCGGAUCAAGACUCUCGGAGAUCCAGGGGUGUGCUCUCGCUGUCACUGGCAGAGCGGCUGUGCCUCUUGCGAUGUCUUUAAGUGCACUCGCUUCCACGUGCGAGAGCUCUGCCGCACUCUGGGCAAGAAGCCCCCAGCUUGGGCUCUCUGA